AUGUCAGACCGCUACCGCGGGCUGUCGUUAUUCUCGGCGCAAUCACUCUGCUUUGAAUUUACUCAAUUCAAGCUCCUAUCUCACUCCGAAAACGAUACAACGCCGACAGCAGUAGAACCGCCUACUGAACUGGAGUCGUUAGAAGAAGUCUGGAGCCACGUUGCAGACGAGACCGAGGAUGCCGUGCUAGCUACACAUGCACGGAGAGACCCUCAGGAACCUUCACGCAAGGGUACACAAAAGCAUAGCAAGCCUCCUUCCUCCGCCCCUUCGUCUUCUUCGCAACCCAACAAGGCGGAAGCCUAUCUCGCGUCGUUGCAUGCUGCUGGACUGCAGCCUACUCUUGGGGAUCUCGAACGAUGCCGCCCUCCAGGGCAUGCAGAUCCCGAUACUCCCCAGUUUGAAAAGGAUUAUAAUAAUCUACUAGACACGCUCAGUCGCGCCUUCAGCAAAGAGCAGCUACGCAAUUUUUUAGAGCAAUGGGAUCGCAAUUGUGCCUGGUGCCGGCACCAUCGGAGGAAGCACCAAUAUGCUGAAUGGAUCAUUGAGAAAAUGUGGGGUUGGCCCAGUUUGAAGGAAGUAGCACGCGCUCAACGGGAUCGUACGGAGAUAUCUACCAAGACGUUUCCUGUCUCACCCAGCGAGCUCUUCCUCAUCCUUGGAAAAGAUGGCGCCGAUUUACUGGAGAUGUCUCUUGCGUACAAUGUGCAUAUAUCUCUCGCAUCGAAUCCUCUUGCAUUGCGAGUCGAGGGUGUACAUAACGCGUUGAACAGAUUGACCGAACAUUUAGCUUCGGUUAGACAGCGAAUAGUCAGCGAGGAGUACAGAUUACACUCAAAUACAUCUCUAUCCUCUGACAUGAUCCAACGAAUAUCGCGCCUCUCUGGAGCGUUCGUGGAGAAUGUAGGCUUAGAUGGUCUACUUAGAAUACAGGCCAAGUAUGAGCGGAACAUAGACGUUGCGAAGCGGCUUGCGACCCGAACCAUUCACGAGUCCCAUCAGCAAUUACAGUCGUCCAGGCUAGCGUACCUACCUUCCGCACAACUUGUGUUCUCCGCUCCUGUCACUAUGUUUCCUCGCACCUACUCACUAUACCCCUUCCUAUCGCCUCGGUCCUUGCCAUGGACAAUGAAUACAGGGGGGGCAUUCCGAGCUCGACGAGUGGGCGAAUGGCUCAGUCACAAUUCUGAGAACAUCGAAGCAACUGGCGGUCUUGCGGGGGGCAAUGGUCGAAUCAUUUCGGCGUCUCAGGACUCUGUCGAUCUCAAGGGCGCUCUAUUGUCUGGCUUGGGCAGACCGUCUGCAGGCAGUAUUGCGAGUACUCGAGUCGUGAAGGCAGUGGUAGGCCAUAUGCUUGUCACACCUUCCUCUGGUCAGCGCCCUAGCCUGGUUCCGCCCCUUAGAGGCAAUCAUCCCUUCGGAAAGAUCCUGAGAUGGAUGGCAGAUCAAAGUGUGCAGUCGGCAUUCGUACCAAGUCUACCUGCUCCGCUGGCGGACACAUCACCUAGCCAACAGAGGAUUGUACAUCGCUUGUCUUACCGUACAAUGCCGACGGGCCACCACACAGAAGACAGUUUUGAAAGGGCUGCUCCUAGGAUUAACAAAAUAAUGCGAGUCGAGGUUGCGUUGGCUCAGGCCGGAAAAGCCACUUCCGCAUCAAGAGGCGAUACUGCACAAAUCAAGGGGACCCCGUCAGAAGACAGUGAGACCGGAUCUCGGGAAGACCUCGAAGAUGAUGCGGUUAUGCCUGACUUGGUUUUUGCACCACGGUACUUGCUGGGGCUUGAAUCACAGGUAGACCUUAUGUUGCCGGACAGACCGAUGGAUCUGCAGCUAUCAGCUAUGGAGUGCAAUGCGGUUGAGCCUGGGCGCGAGCCUCCAGAGAUACAAUCGUACCUGGCAGAUCUCAAAGCUUUCUUACGGGUGGAAAUGGAUGGCCGCCAGCCUGACCCCCCGUUGACAUUCCAAUAUGACGGCGACACUUUCAUUCUUCACACGAGCGCUAGCGUCAGGCAAAGUGUUGAGCUCAUCGACCAUCCCGGCGAGUCGCCCGAAAACCCUGAACUGCCUGCGAUCAAGGUGACCAGCGAAAGUAUCCUGGACCUCGAGGGUAAUCAGAAGUCGACGCUUUGCGAGAUUACUUGCGAGGAUCCCACCUCCAAGGAAGCAUGGCAGCACUUCUUCAGCAGCUGCGACAGACUGACGUCCAUGACUUAUCAGCCCAGGAACACUCUAAAAGUAGAACAGCCCGAUAAUGAUAAUAUGAUCUGA